AUGGCCUCCAACACAGCCACCAUGGGGAACCUUCCCAGCGGGGUCGGAAUCUGCACCACCAUCCCGGACAUCCUCUACCUGCCAGAGCUGGUAAGAAACCGACCGGACAGGAGAGGCGCUGACUUUACGCAGCGUUUACGCACGGACAUCCAGAGCUAGAUUUGAGUCUGGAGGUAGAUUCUGAGUCCGUGUUCGUUGACAUGAUGUUGUUUAACAGCAGUGGAUCCUGAGAGAGGAUUUUAGGGUCACAUGGUUGAUUUUGUCACCUUUAAACGAUGAGAACAGGUUUCUGUCUCUCCUUCACUCCCUGAUCUGAUUCCGUCUGUUGAGAUUCUUCUUCUCCAAAGAGAGAUCCGUUUGUUUUCUGAGACUCAUAUAAAAAAGGAGAUCUCCAUCAAACUCCAAACAGCUCCUCUUUACUGAGUGAAUCUUUGCUUUCUUCACCACCAUCAUGUUUGGGUUUCUAACACUUAAAGAGACAGUCAGUAACUUUACAGUGAGCUCAACUUUGUCUCCAAGAUAAAUGUGGCGCGUGAACAAGUCCUGAUGGCACUUAUUAGUUUGAUCAGGAUACCAGGAUCUUAACACAGUUAACUCACGUCAUCAUCCAGGGCUUUUAUUUUGAAGUUCACCACUGGGGGAUUGUUAAGUUACCAAAGUGACUGAAAGGAUAAAAAAAAACUAGUUUGAAAGUAUAAAUGAGGAGGUUUGUGGAGCGUCUGUUCUUGUUGUUUGGUGAGGUCAGAUAUUUCAGAUGAAUCUGUGAUGAUGAUGAUGAGCAGGGAUCUGUCUCUGAUCAUACAGGAGUCGUCUCCUCCUCCUCUCAGUCUCAAAUCUAAAACAUCCCAAAAUUCAGACGAACCAGAAAAGUCAAAGUUCGGAGCAGGUUUUUGAAACGUGAGGAACAGAAGGUUCAGAUUUCUGCGAUUAAGCGUGGAGAUGAGAAGACCUGAUGAGAACUCAGCGAAGCGUCUGUGUCUGUUGUUCAGGAUUUGAUCUUUGCUCCUAUCGCACACCUGAAUCAGACACAUGCAGACGGCUGCUGAGACUGUGAAGCCGCCCACACACACACACACACACACACACACACACACACACACACACACACACACAGAUUUACUGCCCAGAUUAAACAAAGUCUGAGUUAACAAAGUCAGAGUUAACAAAGUCUGAGUUAACAAAGUCUGAGUGCUGCUGGACGAUCCUGGUCCCUGGAGCUCUGACCUGACACCGCACCGGUCCAGAACGGCUGGUUUGGUCUGACUGUGUAAUGCCGUUGUAGUCCUGAUGAAGACCAGUGUGGUCUUUUCUUCCUCACCUGGACCACGGCAACAUCAGGAGAGACUCCUGAAGGUCUGGACCUGAAGUUCAGCUGGUUCUGAGUCCAUCACAGACCCCCGUCAUGUCUGACCCUGAAGCUGCUGAAAUGACCCAAAGAACCGAAGAACUCUUCAGUCCGUCCACGCGCUGAUCACAUCAUGUCUCCAAGGACAUGAAUCCACCCAAAAAGGGGCGGGGCUUCCCUCACGCUAUUUCAGUCUGUUCCCGUCAAACAUGGCGGCGGUUGCCUUUGCUGCGAUACUCUGCCCUCCUCCCUCACGAUGAUGGAGAUUCAUGAGGCCUCCUCAUGUCCACCAGGUCUUUGUGGACAUAUGUCACAGGGGUAUCUGCAUGCUGAUUGUCUGCCUGCACCACUCGUUAGCGUCACUCGUGUCACCUGACUAGAACUUGUGUCUAUUCGUGUCUCUACUCCAACUUCACAUUUUCACCUGGUUGAGCAGGAAACCAAAGUCACUGCAUCUUCAGGUGACAAAGUUCUUGAUGAACUCAAAGAAGGACACGAGAUCCUGACGUGUCACAGAGACUGGGUUCAGGAAAAAGAGGGAUCUGGUUUUUGAUGGUCCAACAGUCUCGAAGAACGCUGUGGUUAAGAGGCGUAGUCAUGCCAGUCUGGUCGAGGUCAGGAGGUCAGGAGGUUCUCCUCUCCUGGAAUGAACCUGCGUGAGUCAGAAGAGUCCGGACCAGAAAGAUUCUGAGAUAAAAACAUGUCAAAGGUUCAGAUUUAACGUCACAGGCUGCAGAGGAGGAAUGCUGCUCCAUUUUACACACAUGCACACACACACAGGCACACACACACAGACACACUAUAACACACUCACACACCAACAGCAGCAGUGGCGUGCGAGCAGGUGGCGUGUGGUGCAGCCCCAUGAAUAAUGCAGCCUGUCAAUCAUCAGAGGUGUAAGGUGAACAGUAAGCCCCGCCCCCUGAGCUGCAGACAUGAGGACAAACAAACAGACCGAUAAACAGAUGAAGGAGGGCGGGUUCAAGUUGAUCCAGAGACGGUCCGGAGACAGACUGGGGAAACCCUGAUCAGGGUCUGACAAGGAGCACACAAAGAACUUUAAUAAAAAAUCUAAAAAAAAUGUCAAUAAAAACUGAUCAAUAAUGUUUGUCUUAUUGAUCGACCUUAGUACUAUUAUUAGAAAUCAAUUUUAGGUCUUUUGGUCACAUGACAGUGAAGCUUUUGAAGGAAAACAGCCUUUUCUGAGAACAUCAACCGGUAAUUUAUUGACGGUCCCUUAUUCAACACCGACGUUGACAGUGAGGGUGUCGAGUAGAUUUAACCGCGCUGCUGUUGUUAUUCCCGGUUAUGGAGAGUAAGAAGACACCGGUAGAUCCUCAGAGAACGUCUGUCAGAUAUCCAACCUGAAACUAACUUCACCGCCGUAUUUACAGGAAAAUAUAUCCAACCUGAAACUAACUUCACCGCCGUAUUUACAGGAAAAUAUAUCCAACCUAAAACUAACUUCACCUCCGUAUUUACAGGAAAAUAUAUCCAACCUAAAACUAACUUCACCGCCGUAUUUACAGGAAAAUAUAUCCAACCUGAAACUAACUUCACCGCCGUAUUUACAGGAAAAUAUAUCCAACCUAAAACUAACUUCACCGCCGUAUUUACAGGAAAAUAUAUCCAACCUUAAAACUAACUUCACCGCCGUAUUUACAGGAAAAUAUAUCCAACCUUAAAACUAACUUCACCGCCGUAUUUACAGGAAAAUAUAUCCAACCUGAAACUAACUUCACCGCCGUAUUUACAGGAAAAUAUAUCCAACCUGAAACUAACUUCACCGCCGUAUUUACAGGAAAAUAUAUCCAACAUUAAACUAACUUCACCGCCGUAUUUACAGGAAAAUAUAUCCAACCUGAAACUAACUUCACCGCCGUAUUUACAGGAAAAUAUAUCCAACCUGAAACUAACUUCACCGCCGUAUUUACAGGAAAAUAUAUCCAACCUGAAACUAACUUCACCGCCGUAUUUACAGGAAAAUAUAUCCAACAUUAAACUAACUUCACCGCCGUAUUUACAGGAAAAUAUAUCCAACCUGAAACUAACUUCACCGCCGUAUUUACAGGAAAAUAUAUCCAACCUGAAACUAACUUCACCGCCGUAUUUACAGGAAAAUAAAAACAUUUGUUGAUUUUUUUAUGCGCACAUAUGACCCUAAAUACAUUUGACAAUUCACACACGUCUAUUUUUAGUCCCUGCCAAGGGUGGUCCAGCUCAGAUGCAGACCAGGUUCAGCCUGGUUACCCCUUCUUCACCAAGCUGGUUCUGGUGGAGCUGAUUUGGGGUCAAAGCCAAAUUCUGGGACCAGUCCUUCGUUUCCACUUCUCAGGAACUUCCUCUCUGAUACAAAAACCGGUCCAGAGUCGCACCCCAACAGCACCAGCCCAAGUCUUAAGAAAUAAAAGCUGAAAACCACAGGACUGAGGCUGUCCGCAGACUGAAUGAAUGAAUGAAUGAAUGAAUUUUGUUUGAGUGAAUCUACGCCAACAGCAGCCUCUGGGUUUUUGUCUCCAGCUGCUCCAACUAGACCUCUACAAUCAGCUGAUCACUCAGUACGUUUCUACGAUGUUCAAAAUCACAUGAACUCAAACUGUUCCCACACUUGUGUCCCCCGGUGUUUGGUUGUUUAAAUGUCCGUGUUUGUCAAAGUUUCUCUCCUGAAGGUUUUUUGUAAAAUUGAAGAUUGUUCCAGUAAAAAGACGUUUUCUCAGACGUGUCUUUGAUGUUCCUGCAGGUCUUCGGUGGUCUGGUGUGGAUCCUGGUGGCGUGCACGUUGGUGGUUCCUGAAAAUCCGCAGGGCUGGGUGAUGUUCGUGUCCGUCUUCUGCUUCGUCAUGACGUUUAUUUGGCUGCUGGUGUUCGCCUGCGGGGGGCAUAACAACAAAGGGAGCUGGGCUGCAGCUGUAAGUCCUCGAACUCGGUCUAGACUGAUGGAGUGGACCCUGACAUGUUCACCUCAGUGCUGAUAAAACCAAAGUCCUGGACUAGACUCUGAUUUCAGUCUCAUCUCACCUUUAAAUACUUGAUCUGUUGUCAGUCUUUUGUUCGUUUUUCAACACCGACCGAUCAUCCUGACCUGCACAAAUCCAGUUAAUUCAGAGCUGGAUUAACGGGAUUUAAACACAGAUCAGAUCAAUCGUAGUCUUCACUGUUAUGUAGAUGAUACUCUAAUAUUCAGAUCAAUGAAGCUAGAAAACACAAAGAAGAAUCAGCUGACUGAACUCAGAUCUGGAGGUUCUUGUUCUUGGCCCCUAACCCCUCAGAGAGGGACUGUCCGGUGAUGGGACUCAGUACAUGGGAUCAGUCUGGCAUGGCAGUGAAGACUGCAGGAGUUCUAUGUGAUGAAGAUCUAUACUUGAACUUCUACAUUGAGGAACUGCCUGAUUUUCACCUGCAAAGAUCAGUCCCAUCCAGUCUCACCCCCAAUUUCCACCACAUCCAGAACAUCUCCAAUCCAGAACGGCUCUGAUCCAGAAUGACAGCGACUUUUGCCGUCCGCCAAUUCCUAUCGGAUCCGUUUGUGACAGACAGCAGGAAUCGUGGUGUAAAUUGACAUGUUAACUUGAAUGGUUACGAUCAGCUACGAUCAGAGGAUACAACCUUUUUGUAGACGAUCAGGAUGAAGGUGGAGGUCAGGGGUCAGGGUUACAUGAGGUCAGACUCUGACAGGCUUCAUAUUCGUCCUUGGGGAUGAUGUCAGAGUCGAGGCAGGCCGCUCAGUUAUCUGUGGGUCUGUGGCGAUGAUAACGAGCUGUCACUUAAAGAUGAUGAUGAUGAUGAGUGAACCGAGUUGACGCAGUCUGACAAACAGAGGAGCUUUGAAGAGAAAAAUACCAGGGUUAUCAUCACAGCACAGAGACAGACACGAUAAGAUGAUGGUGAAGAUUAUCAGCUGGUCUGACGGAUGAUCCUGUGAAGAAGGAUUUUCAUUCCUCUGAUCUGAACUAAAGAUGAUUGAAUAUGUUCAAUAUUUACCAUCAAUAUUUUUGCUCAUUUCCUCUUCGAGUGUCGCGGAACGCACCACCCCGAGUUUUUUUUAGUCAGCUGAUGCUGUGAUUGAUUUUGAUCAAAGAAUUUACUGAUAUAAGUCAGGGAACGUCUCACCAUGACGCAGCACUUCUUUAUCUGAUGCUACAGCAGAGUGUGUGUCUGUGUGUGUCUGUGUGUGAGUGUGUGUUAAUGUCACUCACCUCCAUCUCUCUCUGGUUCUUCUGGUUUUUCCUCCCUGACCCUCGUCUCUCAGGACUUCGCCUACCAUGGCAUCGCGGCCUUCUUCUACCUCAGCGCCUCGGUGGCGUUGGCCAAAGUGACUCUGGACAUCAGGGACGGGCUCAACUUCCAGAACUACCAGCUGGACAUCUCUGCUGUGGUGAGUCAAAACCAGACUCUAACCCAGACCCCACAGAGACCUGGACCUGGUCCGACUCUGUUUGUGAGAGAACCCUCUGAUUGGCUCUAAACGUUUCCAGUCUGGACUCUCAUUGGUCAAUGCAGCAUUGACUGUUUCCAAACAGUCUGGGUGGUCAGAGUGGAACUUUAAAGGGAUAUUCCGGCGUAAAAUUGACUUAGGGUCAAACACACCAUAAAGUUAAAUCAGCUAAUUUUCCAAUGAGGUUCUGUUACUGAAUAGAACGACACCAUGAUCUACUGAGGUUAGGACAUAUAGGGUCACAGCCAUAGUACUAGACACAAAACAUCUUUAUAACUUUGACUCAUUUCUUUAGCAAAGAGACUAAACACAACUCACCUACUCUCUUCCAGCAGACGCUUGUUUGUAGAGAGACCUCAGGUCAGUCCAUUACAGACUACAGCGGGGUGACGCAGCUCAAGGAAGAACAUUUAUGAUCAUUUCUUUAUCAUUUCCUUGAAGUAAUAAUCAUCAUAUUAAUCAUUUUACAGACGCGGUAGUUCUUCUGUCUUAGCGUCUCGGUCUGAUUGUAUUUCCAUGAAGAAAUGAUACCUGACAGGACACUUCAGUCCAUCCUAGAUCCAAGUCCACUCAUCUCUCUGUCUCUGCAGGUUUUCUCCUACGUGGCCACCCUGCUCUACUUCAUCCACGCCAUCCUGUCCGCCAUCAGGUGGAAGUCUUUCUAG